CGCAGGAAAUCUGGAGCAGGAAGUUGCUGUCAGCGCCUAUCGCUGCUGUUGGAAAUCGUAAAAUAAUGCAUUCGCUUGUCUGAAAAGCGAGCCUGCAUCUGUUUCUUUUUAAAUAUUUUACUGUUCUUUUUCGUCGGAAGGAUUUCCAUACGGUCGAUAUGCGUUUUUGUGGAGCAUGCGCUCUCCUGGCGCUGUUACUUGUGUCAUCUUUGGACUCGUCAGAGUCCCUUCAAACUACGGUGAAGCCAAAUAAAGGUUCAGAUGUCAUUGUUUCCAGCCUGCAGCCUGAUUGCACCGUCUGCACCAUCAGUGGCGUUAACGGCAAUCAGACUUCCUGCCAACUUUCUCUUAAAUUAGAGCCUGAAGAGGAGGUGAAGCUGCUGUUUCAAUGCCCCCAACCUGUCGAACAGUCGUACAAUGUGACAAUAAUCAGUUUAAUUGAAUGCACAAAAGAUGCUUGCAAACCACCGACGGUAGAAGUUCAGUCGUCCCUCCUGCCGACGUUCUCCAGAACCUUCAGCUGGAAGCUGAAAGCGCCAGAAAAGACCCUCGUGAGUCUGAAGGUCAUCGGCAACGGACUGAGUAGGACUCCACACCCCUGCAAUGAUGGACGGCAGUAUUCAGUGCUCACAUCUGAAACCAGCAAAGAAGUCCCGACUCAAUACUGUGAGGGUGGCAGCGAGACACAACUGGACCUGUCCGAUCAGGGCGUUGUGUCCCUGGAAGCCAAACCAAACACACAGGUGGAGUCUGUCCUGUUUCAAGCCUUCGCGGCACCAAUGAAGCGAGUGAUGACCGUCACUAUUGGUCCUGCUUCCACUGUGGUUCUGACCCGGGAUCCUGGGAAGGACGAGUGUGAAGUGUGUGUCAGCGGCGGCGCCAGUCCUGACUGCCACGCAACAGAAAAGACUCUAAAAAGUGCAGAAAAACUUCCUUUGGAGUUCAGAUGCCUGAAGCCUGAAGAUGUGUUCACCAUGAAGAUGACAACAAAAAUUGAAUGCACCCAGACUUCCUGCACUCCGGCUUCGGCUGAAGUGGAUCUGGAUCUCUUCAAGGGCUUCAAAAAAACCCUGACGUGGGACGUUACUGUCCCAGACAGAACUGUUUUAACGUUAGAGUUUCCUGGACUGAAGGAAAAAUCUGCAUCAGAGGAUUGUGAGGAUGGUAUUCAAUACACGGUCACAACCAUGAGGACGGACGGACAGAUGAGAACCAACAGUUAUUGCAAACACGGCCCAGUUUCUCAACUGGACCUGUUUGGAAACAUGGCUGUGACGGUGGAAGUGUCCAAAGAAGGAGAACCGGACCAGACCGUGUUCAAUACAACAGCAGCACCGAGACGUGGAAGAUCCACGGUUGUGAAUUCUGACCCUAACAUGAGCCUCAUCAUCACCAAGGUGGACAAAGAGGCCGACUGUCAGGUCUGCGUAACAGAGGCGUCCAAACAGACCUGCACAUCUGAAACGCUGAAAAGGCUGAAAAAUCCUCGCAAUGCUUCGGUGGAAUUUAUGUGUCUUCAACCGCAAAAAGUUUACACAGUGGAAAUAAACAGAGAAAUUGGGAUGAAAGAGAUGGGAGGAGAUGGCAACAUGUUGCGAGGGAAAGCUAAAGUUUUGCGAGACUGCACAAAGACUUCCUGCUCAGGCAACGCCGUCCACGUCAACAACGAGUUUUUUUCUAACUACAACCGGACCUUCACCUGGGACAUAAAGGUUCAACCCACUCAGACUUUCCACCUGGACUUUCCAGGAAGUGGACUGCGACAGAUUCCCAACGAGGGGACGUGUCCAGAUGGCCACACGUACUCCGUCAUCCUCUACCUCCACCGCGCUUCCCCAGCAACCAUCGGCACUUUCUGCAAAGGCGGCACGGUGACAUCAAUACUGGGUCAGUACAAGGGCCGUGUGAUGCUGACGGUGCCGUCGGAUGUGACCCUGGACCCUAUGGACUUCCAACUUAAAAUUGGACCUCAGUCGGAAGCGACGGCCAUAGUGAAGGUCAAUCUGCCCCGCGGCACAUCAGACACUGAGUUCAUCACACCCAACUAUCCCAAAGAUUUCCCAGAUGAGAAGCAGAUCCUGUGGGAGUUCAGCAUUCCCGGCAUGCACAACUACUCGGUUAAGUUCAGUGAACACUCGGCCCCAGAGUGUCUGAACGAAGGCGACGUGGUGGUGGUGGAGUAUCAGCAGGAGGGCAAGAAGCCGACCAGAACGGCUCUGACGGAUCCGCAGCCUCAGCACCAGCAGGGCGCGUUUAAUUUGACACUGAAGAACUGCAAAACGAACCAAACGCUGCCGGGACUCAGCCUGCGCUACUCGGUCUCUGUGAUGAGGAGCGGCCAUCCAGUUCUCUGUACGGUGGAUUUAACCAAAGGGGAAGCAGUGUCAGUGCAGAUUGAGAAGGUGGGCGCCGAUCCUCUCUGUGAGAUGAAAAAGGACUCUGUGGAGAAAAAGACGAUAAAUGUGGCAAAAGGAGAAACAGCCAAACUCUCCUUCCUCGACUGUCCAAGUGAGGACCUUCGCCUGACUGCAAGCAAACUUAUUGCCUGUGCAAAUGCAUCGUUGUGCACGCCGACGCCCCUCUCUAUUCCCACGUUGGAUUCCUGCCUGCCGAUGCCCCUCCACAGCUUUUCAUGGCUCUUCACUAUCCCACAUGAAGCCACCCUGGACCUGGUGUCUCCCACAGGGAGCCUCCGGCAGUCUCUGCCUGGGCAGGAGUGCGAUCCGUCGUCUGUGCUGCGCGUCGACGAAAACGACGGCUCUUUUAUCGGAGACUUCUGCUCCGACGGUGUGAUCCAGAAACUCCAAGUUCACUCCAACAUCUCCAUCACAGUUACGCCGCGAGACCUUAGGAGGUCUGAGGAGCCUUUGCUCAAUGUCAGCGUCAGUCCGGAGAUCAAAGAAGACAUCAUCUACAGGAUCAGCCCUAAUUUGAUGUCUCCCACCAUACUGGCCACCCCAAACUGGCCUAAUGGAAUGAAGGCCCAUUCCUCUGUCUCCUGGAUCGUGGACCUUCCCUGGAUGACCCACGCGCUCGUCAAGGUUGACAUCAGUGGACUCGAAUGCAAACACGGCCACGCCAGGAUCAAUAUGAAGCACCAGGAAGAAGGGAACGAUCUCCUGGACAUCGGCGAGAGCGAAAAGACGAGUACAACAAACAUGACGGCCCGUCAGAGCUUCUACCUGAACUUGACCAACUGCCAGCCAGAGGGGAGCGACCAGUUUAAUGUCAAAGCCACGAUUAAUCUUGAGAGAAAGACCAAUUUGUUACCCAUCCUUCUUGGUUUAGUCGGGGCUGUCCUGCUUCUGCUCCUGAUACUGACUGUUGUAUGUAUAGUUGUAAGGAAAAAGAAAUCAAAAAUGGCCAGCCAAGCCUCCAUCUACAUGGGGAAGGGAAACAUCUUCCGUCCAAACGACAGGCACUUUGUCAAAACCCGGGCUGACAACGACUCCCACGUCUACGACUACAUAGACGACUCCAUGGUCUACGGCCACCUGCUCACCGACAGCGAGAUUACCUCAAACGGGGUGCAGGUGGACUCCUAUCAGACCUUCACAGGCCCCUCUGACAGGACGCUGCCGGUUAUCAAGGAACCCGACCCAGAGCCGGAGAAGGGGCAGUACCAGUCCUUCCUGAGCCCUUCUGACACUUUCAUGCCGCCCCGUCCGCGCACUCCCAUCGAGCGGCAGGACAGCCUGGGCUUCCAGGACCGCCGGAUGCUGGAUAACGAACUCUACACGUUCAAAAGCACCGGAGACAUGAACACGAUCCGUCUGUCCGGGGUCGAUAUGGAGCCGCAGCCGCCAAUAAUGGAGGAGAGCUUGUAGCGUGAAAGGACUCCAUGUUAGGAAUCUUAAUGACCUUUGACCUAUCUGAAGGGCUCUUAGGUUUGAAGAGCCUCGUUUCUGCGGGAGUAGUUUUGGGAAUCGGACGCACUCUUUCUCUGAGUUGAGCAAGACGGUUAAAGCUGCGGACUUGGAAGCUAAAACCUAAAAUCUGUGACUUCUUGGACUGUUUUUAUUUUGUGAUUAUUUUGAAGAAAAACAGCAAAAAUUAUUUCAGGAACUUUUUAAAUAUUUUUCUACUUAUUUUAGUUUUGCCUCUGACUUCUUUUAUUUUUACAUAGUGUGAAUUUUAAAAAAUAAGGGAGACAAACAAAUGUACCAUUACUGAGGUGAUCCAAAAUUAAAAUAAAAACUAUAGAAUACUUAGAAGAAUGUCAGAACAUUACUUUAUUACAAUAUUAUGUAUUUUGCAGGAAUAUCUCUCCAUACUUUUUGUUGCCCCUUUUGAGGCACAAUUUCUAGUUUUAAUAAAACUACUUAAUUUUUAUUUUUUGGGUCUGUUUUUUAUUUCAGAUUAUUAAAACCACUCAUCAGUUUGAUGUUUUGUUCUUUUUUUGUUGUUGUAAGAACUAGGGAUGUUUGAGCUUCAGUGCCAAUAAAUUUGUAAUAUAUUGAAACACCUCAA